AUGAUUUGUCGAAACGUAAGCGUGUACCUGAACGGCGUCCUGCUUGUUCAAGACGGUCGGAGGGCCCGCCGCAUUGGGCAACUCGAAAAGGCCAUAAUUGCGAUCUCAUCCACUGUCGUCCAGGGGAAUACGAAUGCUGAUGGUACAGCUACAGGGAAAGCAGAGCCGGGUACGGGGAAGCAUCCUGGGACCAAAAUUGCUGAGGGUCCACAGACGGCCGGAUCGCGUGCGGCCCACGAGGAAGGGAGGCGGCUUCGAAGCGCGGCCCCUCUUCCCUCGCCCGGUCCGACGGCGUCGUCACAGCUGCUAGGAGUACGGAGAAUUGAUUUGCUGUGGUGGGUGAAAGGUGUCGUGGAUGUCCUGGAACAGAGGGUGAAUGAUUGGCCGAUCACCCGUCGCGCUUGGCCGGGAUGGGAACAAGCGAGAGGGCGCAACACAAUGGCGUCUGGGUCUUUCAUCCAAAGUAGUCAUGCCAUCAUCGCACGGCGGGGCAUUCAACAGAUUCUCGACUCAAGUCCCGUAGUAGGCGAUACUGGCUCAUCACAACCGCCUCCAAAUCACAUGGCGCAGCAAGGUGGCCGACUAUGCGGCUGGAAGCGCCGCGCCUCAGCCAUCCUUGCCUCCCGCAUCUCAUUGGCCCGCGCUUCCCGAAGUGUCCCUGCGAAGCUGACCACUGGGAUGCUGCAGCAACAAGUUGCCUGUACCUGGAUGCGACCAGACCCACCGUUUAUGGCCACUGAGCAAAGUGCCUGA